AUGGCUAAGAAAGGAAAAGAGGACAAAGGGAAAAAUGCCCGAAAGGGGAAGAAGGAGCCUGUUGCUCAGCUGGACGAAGGGUCAGAUUCUGACAUGGAAAAGAGGAACGCUGAAGAAAGCGAGAUGGACAGCGAGCUGGUGGAGGGAGAGGAGGCGGAGAAUGAAGAUGACCCUAAGAAGAAGAAGGGGAAGGACAAGAAAGGCAUGGUCAAGAAGGCAGGCAAAGGGAAGAAGGGGCAGCUGGACGAGAAAGAGGUCCAAGACCUUCCUGCCAAGACCAAGAGGCAGCUCAAAGGAGCCUCCAAGCUGGUCAUGGGCCUGGCAACAGAGGACCCCAAGAAGAAGGUGGCCAAGAAGGAACACGCCAAAGCCCAGCUGAAGGGAGCCACAAAGGCCAUGGCCAUGGCCAAGAAAGAGGCAGUGGCCCCACCCAAGAAGAGGCGGAGCUUGAAAAGCACCUCCAAGCUCUUCAUGGGCGUCAAAGGGAUGGGUCCUCAGAAGAGCACCAAGAAGAGCCAGUUCAAGAACACCUCGCGCUUCUUCUGGGGCCUGAAGAAGUACAGCACCAAGAAGAAGAAGAACAAGAAGAACAAGGGGGUGCUGAAGUCCACCUCCAACCUGAUGAUGCGCUUCAAAUCUCUUGGAAAGAAGAAGGAGAAGAAAGAGGGAGCUUCUGGCAAGGAGACCAAGAAGUCCUCCUUCAUGCUGAUCCGGUUGGGAGGCAGGAAGUCAGAAGAACACCAGAGUAAAGGAGGGAGUUUCUUCAGCAACCUCUUCCAGAGGAAGAAGGCAAGUCAGAACUUUAAAUCCCAGGCCCAGGUGGUCAGCAAGGUGGCUGCGGUCACCAACUGGCUGACCCGGAAAUUCUUGAGCAAACGUAGCAGAACCAGAUAUGACAAACGAGCAACUGACGACUCUUGGCUAGCCAAGAUUGGAGCCAGGAAAUUGCCUUUCCCUUCAGAAGACGAAGUCUUGAGACACCGAGCGAAUAUGAGAAGAGUCCCUGGAUCCAAUAAAUGUACCUGUUCCGGCCAAUACUCGGAGGAAUUUGGCCAGUGGGACCACCUGGAUUCCGCCGCCUUACAAGAUCACUGUGAUGAUUAUGAAGAAGAAGGUGGUGGUUAUGAUGUCCAGUCCCCUUUCAAGUAUGGCUUUUCUGGUUAUAAACAGGAUUGUUACGGGAGGGUGGAAGAAGAAUAUGGGCCUUAUGAUGAAGACUACGAUGAGCAGGACCCUUACGGGUGCCACCCCCAAGAAUAUGGGCCGCCUUUCCAUUAUCCAUCUUAUGAACCUUAUGAGGACUUCAGCAGUGAUUAUGAAGGGGAAGGUGGCCCACAUUGGGCUGGAGAACUGGAACACCCCGAGGAGGAGGAGGAGGAGGAGGAAGAGGAGGAGGAGGCUUACUGUCAACAAGACAUGAAUGACAGUGACCAAGAAUGGGUCUCCCAGUCUUCAUACAACCCAUACGCUUGUCUGUUGGAUGACAUUGCUGAGAUGGAAGAAGCCGACAGAGCUGAGCCUGAGCCAGAAGAUGUCCCCGUUGUUUUCUCCCGUUCUUCUGUGUUUGAACGAGGGGUGGCAGGGAAGACGGUUGCAAUGGCACCCUUGAACAGGAAGCUUUUCCCGAGGCCCCAAGUGAAGCUGUUCGGGAGGGAGAAGCUUGAUGUCCCUCUGCCCCCUUCCCCACAGAUCUCUAUGGCUUAUUUGGAUCCCGAGGAGGAAGGCAUCCCUGAGGAGGAAGAGCAGGAGCCUCUAGUUUCUCCAUUUGCCCAGUUUGAUGGUCAGUAUCCGGAGCCUUCUGGGUGUCGAGAGACUUUUUCAGAGUUGCUCCCUGCGAGGAAGCUUCAGAGGCCUCACCGGACCAACUUGGGUGGAAGGAACUGGGCUCAGGAUCCAAAUCACUUGAAGCCUCCUCUUUCUCCAAGAGAAUGCGGGAGUCCCCUCGGACAGUUCCUGCAACAAUCCAUCUCUCAGCCAAGACCGAUUCUGAAGCACCACGGGAACCGGAGAAGGAACCAACCAGGCACACGUGAGCCCAACAGAAGAACUCCGUCUCCGCGGUUUGGGAAGGAGGGUCCUCUGGAGUCAUCUUCUCCUCCACCCCCAAGGAUGCCUUUAGAAAAACCAAGUCCCACCUUCACCCACAGCUCCGUCAAGCAGCUUAGGGGUCCAGGGAAAAGCCACACUAUUUUCGCACCUUCUCACACCGCAGUAGUAAUGCAGGAUGGUCUUCACCAAGAGUUGCAAGGCACUCUCCGGUCAACUUUCAAUAGAAAGCCACAGCAAGACCUCAGGUUUUCCCAGAGGAGCACCUCGUGGUCCACAACCGGGCAUCAAAAUCCUUCCCUCAAGGGUAGGAGUCCCCAUAACCAUGUGUUUUCUCCUUCUCCGAGAACAGCCAAAGAAAACCGGGUGUCAUCAGGGGGGCGCAGGACAACCACAAGGGAAAACUCAUCCAAGGACGACUCUUUCCAGAACCCUCCUUCCCUUCACCCAUCAGCACACAAGCGUCUGGGAAGUCAGCGCAGCCUCUCAUCUUCUAGCUUAGCAUCUGUUAAAAGCCUGACGGACACCCCUUUCAGUCGCUCAUUAUUUCAUACCUCCAGCACUCCAGAGUUUCUAGGUUCGGCCAGAAAUAGGACCUCUGGAAGGCCACUUACAACCAACCAGGGCAGUUCAUCAGGCAUCAAUGGACGCUUCGGGAAGCCUCCCCCAGGCUUGGAGCAGGCAGGCCGAGCCCCCAACGAAAGCAGUGAAGCCAUUAAUGAGAAACCAGCAUUUGAGGCAGGAACCAGCACGAAGUACAGCCCCCAGCGCGUGGGGCUCAGCCACAUGGUGGAGCACGAAGACGUCAUCCAAGUGGUGAAGAAGUAA